AUGAGCUAUUCAUACCCAACUCUCCUCCUCACAGAUGUCGCUACCGCUGAGGCCGUUUCCUCCGGCGCAUACCCAUUAAUGAUCUCCGACCUCUUUCCCUCUGCCAUCCUUUUGGAUAGCGCGUUGCCGUCUUCAUCCAGGGUUGAAGACAAGAAAGCUACGAGUGGCAGCUGCGUCGAAAAAGAGACUAAGCAGAAAUGCGCGCCUGAUAGAGGCUUCUUUCAGCGAUUCAUGCUCUGGUGGAAGGGAAAAGAUGAUGGGGACGGCGACAACCGGGGAAAUAGCGUUAUGCAUACUUUCUUGGAUGGAACUAUUGCAUCACCAUCGGCACUCUUCUUGGCUUCAACGCGCUCGUUAGAUGCGUACGAAUGGGCGUUAGAUGCGCAACUAAGGGAACAAGUGCUACCGAGACGCGUACACUCCACCCUUGCUUCACCCAACCUGCAGGUCCCGUUCCUUGAGAUUCGGAAUUCGGCGCAGGUUCAGCCUAACGUCAAACACGCAUGGGGAUGA